AUGAAGUACCAAGUUAUUUUGAUUGUUCUCUAUAAAUCGUCAUCAUGUCAAGCGGAAGGAAAUACGGCAAUUGAUUUCGUCCUACACAGUGUCGCUCAAAGUUUAUUGGCAGACAACUGUCCCGAUGGAUGGAAUUACAAUAGCACUUUUGGUAAAUGCUAUAAAUUAUUUGCUGCUGAAGAAAAGUGGCCGAUGUCUGAAAUCGUUUGCGCUUUCCGAGGAGCGCAUCACGUAUCAAUACACAACAAACUAGAAAAUAAUUAUAUAAAGAAAAUGGUGACUUCACAAUCGUCAUCAGACAAUCUUUGGCUUGGAGCAGCUCAGUUUGGUACAUCAAAAGAAUAUGAAUGGUCGGAUCAUACACCAUUUAAUUUUGAAAAUUGGGAAACAAAAACUCGUCCACCGUAUACGAAAGCAAAGCGAUGUACUAAAAUGAAUUUGACUACAGGAAAGUGGUAUCAAAGUUGUUGCAAAAUUCCAUCUCCAUAUAUUUGCCAGAGGCCAGCUGGUGUAGUCACAGGAUGA